CUCUUAAUUCUUUAUUGUAUGUUUUUUAUGCAGAAGUUGAAAUCUAGUCCUCCAUGGAGAUGGAGAAGAGGCUGAGAGAAUAUCUACGAGUAACCCAGCAAGAUUCCGACCGAAUCACCCGACUCAACAUCACUCGACCUGAAGCCGUCUACUGUUUCUACACAGAGUUCAACCUUAGAGGCAUACGACUCCACCGAUUUCAACCCGAUUCUUUGACUUGCUCUUUCACAGUUCCCCCUCACCUUACUGAUAGGAAUGGAAAUCUAGCUGCGGGUGCAAUUGCGGGUUUAGUAGAUGUGAUUGGUGCGACUUUGGUGUAUGAGAAGGAUGUAUCUUUUAAUGUUUCUACGGAUAUGUCUAUUUCUUACUUUUCUACGGCCAAAUUUAAUGAUGAGUUGGAGAUUAGCGGAAAGCUUCUUGGUAGAAAAGGGGGAUACUGCGGAACCCUUGUGGUUCUGAAAAAGAAAGCAACCACAGAGGUGAUUGCCGAAGGACGACAUUCACUGUUUUGUAAACCAAUUAGCAAAAUCUAAAAUAAGAUUACUCUUCUCAUUAUAUAAUUUUGAAGCAAUGCAUGUUUGUCCUAACGAUAACAAGGACGCCCAUGUGGUUCUUAAAAAGGCCGACGGUUUGCUUCAACAACCUGCUUUUGGUGUUUGAUGUUUUUCUAUGUUUCUCCUUUUUUAAUGAAUAUACAUCCUUGAGGAGCUGGAAGGUGUAUCAUAUAAUUUGUGUAAUCAUAUGUAAUACAUUAUUUAUUUGUAGAAAAUUUAUUUUUAAAGCUCGUCGGAAGACAAGUCUAAACAAGAAAACCC